AGAGCUCGCACCAUAGUGCUUUUAAUGGUAAGGCGGUGAUCAGAGUUUACGAUAAAACAUGGCGAGAUUGAUUCACAACCUGGUUGUUACUACGAACUAACGAUCUGCGUCAAUCACUAAAAUAACAAGAAUGGAUGGUAUUGUGGAGAAAGCAGAGAAACUGACAUACAGCUGGAAUGAUGUUACUCAAGACUUUGUGGGUGCUGUGUCCGAGUUACAGCUCGGAGAGCUUCUACAUGACUCCUCGUUUGGUCUGUUUGAGGCUAUGUCUGCCAUUGAAAUGAUGGAUCCCAAAAUGGAUGCUGGCAUGAUGUGCAACCAGAUCCGAAGAAAAGUGCUCAGUCUUGAACAGGCGGUGGAGGCAGAUAGUAUAAAGAUACAGGACCUGACAAUGCCAGAACAGAUUGGGAUUAUGGACUCAACACUAGCAUGCCUGGUGACAUGGUUGGAGGGCCACUCCUUGGCUCAAACAGUGUUUACGAACCUGUACCUCCACGACCCCUACCUCAUAGAGGACAGGUGUCUGAAGGCAUUCAGCAUCUGUAGUCUCAAGAUAGUUGACAACAUCAGGGAAAAGAUCAACAGAGCCAAUGUGUUUGAAGAGGAAGAUUUCCAGCCAAUGUCGUAUGGUUUCAAAAUGGCUGCUGAGGUGACAGAUGCUCGCACGUCUGGUAUGAUGAAGGAGGUGGAGGAGGAUGUAAACAGACUUAUCAAGAUGACCCGCAGUAAGCCCGGCGAAGAGAGAGACUCAGCCACAGAGCAUGAGCAUGACCUGGCUACAGCUGUGUUCUCCAGAGUGCGGUUCUACCGACUCCUACAUGCCAUGCUGUUGUCCUUCAGUAAGGAAAAGUGUGAGGGAAUCCCCCAGGCCCAGAAGACCCUGGUGCAGCUGCUGGAGCUGGUGCCCCAGGUAAAGGCCACCAUACACUUCGGCAUCCAGCCAGAGGACAGGGAGGCCACCAAGAACGACUAUCCGACCAUCAUGGGGUUUGAACCUUUGAUCAACCAGAGACUGCUGCCACCCACCUUCCCCCGCUACACAGUGAUCAAGAGUCGGACAGAAGCCAUGGACUAUGUAGAGAAUCUCCUGCUCCGGCUUCAGACCGUCACAUCUGUGCCGGAGAUGACAUCACUUCACAUCAUCCUGGAGACCUUCAUCGAGUUCAGCAAGUCUGGUCCCUGUGUCUUGGCAAGGUCAAUACUUCAGCAAACCCUCCUGCCUGCCAACCGUCGUAUCUUUGGGAUUCAUCCUGUCAUAGACUUCAUGAAGGAUACAAUCAGGAACUUCAUAGCACCGCCUGCUUUGUCUCAAAAGUGCAGCCUGUACAACAACCCACAAGCCAAGGAGUACGUGGAUGCCCUGCUGACGCAUGCUGUGCGGCCCAUCUGCACCUUGUUCCAGAUUACCGGACACAACCGAGCCCGGCAGAGAGACAAGUGGGCACAUGUUCUGGAGGAUCUGGCCCUGCUGCAGGAGGAGGCUGACAAGGUUGAUGCAUUCCUGCAUGGGAUCCUGGUGAAGACGGAGCCCAGUCGGAACCACCUGGCAUGUUUCGGGACGUGGGUUCUAUACCACACACUGCAGGCCAUGAUCUACUACACCCUGGCCGGCUUUGAGCUGGAGUUGUAUGCUUCCUACGAAUACCACUACGUUUACUGGUACCUGUACGAGCUGCUGUAUGCAUGGCUGGUGUCAACUCUCCACCGAGCCGACAACUUCCUCCUGGAACAUGAAACUCUACUAGAUCAACAACAGAAAGGUAGGAGUAGUAAAAAGAACAAAAAGAAGAAGCGAUCGAAAACACUGAGUAAGGAGAUCAUCCUGGCCCAGACUCAGCAACAGAUGUGUGGAGGCUACUACAAGGCUGUGCUAGGUUUCCGUCUUGAUGGGAAGAUGAAGCAGCCAGACUUUGAGUUUGACAGUGAGGAGGUCCGCUACAGUCAUCGAUUCUCUCCCUUUGCUAACGUGGUCACUCCCCCCAUGGUGCAUUAUGGCCAAUAUAAGGAAAUGUCCGACUUAAGACGAUACGAGCCUGAACCGUCACCUGAAGCUUUGUACACCGCUGCCUGCAAAUGUUUCCAUCAGGCUAAGGCGCUUUACGAGAGUAUUGCAGCUCCAUCAGAGGAGGUUACAAAAUGCACAGAUACGGUGCAAACACUAACGAAGAUAGCGAAAACAAACUUUGUUGUGAUGAAAUUGUUACUUGGAGGACACAAGAAAAAUUGUAUGGAUUCUCCUGAGUUUGACUUCAGCCUACAUAAAGUAUACCCCAUCAUCAAGCUACCUUAAUUACUUCAGUCUACAUAGAAGUGCCCAACAGACCUUCAAAACUGCAAAUCAGUUAUCUGGAUGUUUGAAGAACUUAACAAGGCUACAGGGUCAUGCCAUCUUCUUAAACCAAGCUCCAAGGAGAUUGACUACACAUUAAAUGUCAUGUGGAUAAUAGUACUUAGUCCAGCCACCUGACACAUUCACAAGGACCAUGUGUCGUGUUGAUAAGAAUAGACUGAACAUUCACAGUGACAGAUGAAAUGUUCUUAAAAACCACUGCAACAUUCACAAGGACCAUGUGUCAUGUUGAUAAGAAUAGACUGAACAUUCACAGUGGCAGAUGAAAUGUUCUUAAAAACCACUGCAACAUUCACAAGGACCAUGUGUCGUGUUGAUAAGAAUAGACGGAACAUUCAACAGUGGCAGAUGAAAUGUUCUUAAAAACCACUGCAAAUCUCAACAGGGUCAAGUGAACAGUGUUUUCCCUAUUGUCCCCUGGAGGGAGAGAGUAAUGGUGGCCUAUGGCUGCAGUGUCAACACAGACAGAUUUCUAUAUUAGCAUUGGAGGAUGGUUGAAAUUGGUAUUUUGGUUCUAUAUUGCAGAGGCUGCCCUACAAUUGGCAGAACUUUGAAAGUGUGUUUCAUUUAAUAAUGAAAAAUAAACAUUAAAGCCUG